UGGGGGUCCAGAGCCACAUUGACCUUUGUAGGACGAAACAAGAACAUCUCGACGAUAAAAGGGCCUCGUAUGCUCUUUUCAUUUCCAGAUACUUUCACUUCCUUUCUUGAUUACAUGAUUCUUCCAUCAUCGCGGAAAGUUGAAGUGAUAAACUGCACAUCUGGCUUAUUCUGACGAACCGAACUCUGCUGCUCAAGUUGCCGUAGCAAUAGCCUCACUUUUUUUUUUUUUUUGCAUGAACGUGACUGCGUGUGUCAGGAAAAAGGAAGUGUUGCGACGACGGCGCUCGAAGAACACCCACUGCGGAACAGAGGCGGAACGACAGAAUGUGACAAUGAAGUCACAGACGAGAGACGACCGUCCACGCCGAGGAGCCGUCUGAAGGACGUCAGCGAUCCACAACAUGGAGUUGUGGCGGCAGUGUGCAAAAUGGCUGAUCGGGUGCCGCGUCUUGCCGGAGACGCACCGCGUCACCUGGGAGAGCGCGCAGGUGUGCGACCUGGCUCAGGCGCUCAGAGACGGCGUGCUCCUGUGUCAGCUUCUCAAUAACCUGCUGCCUCUGGCCGUCAACCUGAGAGAGAUCAACCUGCGCCCGCAGAUGUCCCAGUUCCUGUGCCUGAAGAACAUCCGGACCUUCCUGGGCGUGUGUCAAAGCAAGUUCCAGCUGAAGAAGAGCGAGCUGUUUGAUGCCUUCGACCUGUUCGACGUGCGGGACUUUGCCAAGGUGCUGAGCACUUUGUCCGUCCUGUCCCACUCGUCCAUCGCGACGCAAAAAGGAUUCCAACCUUUCCCUUUGGGAGUCGCCAUUUCCGAUGACGACGUCUACAACGGCCUGUCCGACCAGAUGGACGACACCAUGGAAGAAGCGGACGAUUUGUACGACUGCGUGGACGACGAGGAGGCCGAAGGGGAUGAGAUCUACGAAGACCUGAUGAGGACGGUGGAGCAACCCGAAAUUAAGUCCGGCGUGGACAAGCGGGAGUGCUGCCUCCAAGAGAUCAAACUGACGGAAGAAAAGUACUCGGAUACUCUGGGAUCGAUUUUACUGCACUUCAAGAAACCUCUGGAAAAAUUCCUCACGGCCCAGGACCUCGAGAGCAUCUUUGUCAACGUCCAGGAUUUGGCCGGCGUGCACACAGAACUUUUGGACGAGAUCCGGAGUGCGGUCUGGAACGGCGCCAAGGACCUUUACCGGGUGUUUGUCAACUACAAGGGCAGGCUCCUACUCUACGGUCGCUACUGCAGCCAAGUGGAAACGGCCACCAAGCAUCUGGACAAAGUGGCGAGUACCCGAGAGGACGUCAGGAUGAAGCUGGAGGAGUGUUCCAAGAGAGCAAACAGUGGCAGAUUCUCCCUCAGGGAUCUGCUUAUGGUGCCCAUGCAGAGAGUCCUCAAAUACCCGCUCCUCUUACAGGAGCUGUCAAAACACACCAGCGACCCGUCCGACAGGGAGAACCUGCGCACGGCUCUCGACGCCAUGCGGGACUUGGCGCAAUGUGUCAAUGAGGUCAAGCGAGACAACGAGAUCCUCAAGCAGAUCACCACCUUCCAGUUGUCCAUCGAGAACAUGUCGCAAUCCUUGGCCCUCUUCGGCCGCCCCAAAAUGGACGGAGAGCUCAAAAUCUGCAGCACAGAGAAGAAAUCCAAACAGGAAAGAUACGUGUUCCUCUUCGACAAGGCCAUGUUUGUGUGCAAGAAGAAGAGCGGCGAGACCUUCGAGCUCAAGGAGAUCAUCAUGCUCCGGCAAUACCAAGUGCGAGACGAGACGGCGGGGGAGAAGGACAAACGGAAGUGGUCCUACGUCUUCCUCCUGCUGGACUCGUACGGCAAGUGCGGCUACGACUUGUACUUCAAGACGCGAGAACUGAAGAAGAAAUGGCUGGAGCAGUUUGAGAUGGCUCAGUCCAACAUGUGUCCCGAGAACGCCACGGCUAACGACCACGAUUUCCAGAUGCACAACUUUGAGGAGACGGCUUGUUGCAAGGCGUGCUCCAUGAUGCUGAGAGGGAUUUUCUUCCAGGGCUACCGCUGCACGCGCUGCAAAACGGCCGCCCACAAAGAGUGCUUGGGCAGAUUGCCGGCCUGCGGGCGCAACUCAGAUCAUGGAAAUACUGCGAGAAAAAAUCGGACACACGGGUCCUCGGGGAACGCCGGAAUCGGGUUUCCCAAGAUGGAGGCGUGUCAGGAGUACUUUGGCCUGCCGCCGCCGCCCACCAGCUUCGGCCGCCCGCUGCAGCUCUCCAAGGGCGACGUGGUGGAGCUGACGCGGGCGGAUGCCGAGCUGUCGUGGUGGGAGGGCAGAAACUUGACCGGAGGUCAGACGGGCUGGUUCCCCUGCCACACAGUCAUACCCUUCUCCUCUGUCAGUAUAAACUGCCCGAGGCCCACCCCAGAUCUGUCUGCUUUCAGCUGGUUUGCUGGCAACAUGGAGCGGCCUGCCGCCAAGGACCUGCUGGUGUCUCGCUCCGACGGGACCUACCUGGUCCGGCAGAAGGACGGCGGCGAGUUUGCCAUCAGCAUCAAGUUAAACCUGGACAUCAAACAUAUUAAAAUCACCUCCUGCGAUGGCCUGUUUCGUAUCAACGAGAAGAAGGCCUUCAAGGGUUUGGUGGACAUGAUUGAGUUCUACCAGCAGAACUCGCUGAAGGAGUGCGUGAAAGACGUGGACAGCACGCUGCGGACGCCGUACAAGCAAGCCGAGCAGGGCGGCGACCACAAGCCCCGCCACGCGCCCAAAGGAGGCGGCGCGCGUACCUUCGGCAUGGCGAGGGCCAGGUACAACUUUUCGGCCCGCGACCGCUCGGAGCUGUCGCUGCGCGAAGGCGACACCAUCAGGAUCCUGUCCAGGAAAGGCCAAAGCGGCUGGUGGAAAGGCGAAGUCUACGGCAAGGUGGGCCUCUUCCCCGCCAACUACGUGGACGAGGAAUACUCGGACUACAGCUGACCUGCAGGCCGCUACUUUGCUCAGACAAACCGAUGCGCGUCGUCUCAUCAUGUGAAUAAAUUUGCUUUUAUGACCAUGAAA